GGGGCUUUCAGCCUAAUGGCGUCAAUUUUAAGAUCUUCGAAAUUUGUGCGAUAUAUCGCGGGUUUUGCCAGAAAUGUAGUCUCAAACACCCCCAGAGAGUUCGACGGAAAUUUGGUCAACGCUGCCACAGUGCAAUGUUACUGCGGGGCCAUCCCCAGAGCCCUAGCGACGCAAGCUUCAGUCGACCAAACCCUUGAGCACCGGCUCCGUUCUCUGGACCAAGACGUGAGAAAAUCAGGCCGAAUAAGUCGCCGAGACAUCGAAGAUGUCCUGGAAGAAAUCAGAACCGCACGCUCUGCCACCAGCAGCCAAUCGCUUUUGGUCAUCCGAUGUUGCGGCAGUUUGGUGCCCGACGAGUUGCCCGAAGUCCGCACAAAGUUGGUCCAAGAAAUUUGGACUGUCCUAAACAAAAUCAAUGUCCCCAUGGAUGUUAGCCACUACAAUGCCCUUUUACGUGUUUAUUUGGAAAACGAGUACAAAUUUUCUCCUUUGGAGUUUUUGAAAAAUAUGGAAUUGAAAUGUAUAGAGCCUAAUAGAGUCACUUAUCAAAGAUUGAUACAAAGAUAUUGUCAGGAUGGGGAUAUAGACGGAGCUACAAAGAUUUUAGAGUUUAUGAGAGAAAAACUAAUGCCUGUUAAUGAAAAUGUUUUUAAUUCUUUAAUAUAUGGCCACGCGCAAUGUGAGGAUAUGCAAAGUGCUCACGGCAUACUAAGCGUAAUGCAACAAGCAGGAUUAGAGCCUAGUGCAGAUACCUACACAACUCUACUGUGCGGUUAUGCUAAAUUUGGCAACAUCGAUACAAUAAAGCAAGUAAUAGAAGAAUGCGAAGCCAAAGAAAUUUGGCUACUAGACAAAGACUAUUUGGACAUAAUUUACUCUUUAGCCACAAACAACCAUGGACAUUUAAUAAAAGAAAUUCUACCAAAAAUCAAAAAACACAUUGGCUACAACCAAGAUGCAAUCAAUUUAACAUUGAGGCUAAUCAACAAAGGCCAAGUUGAAGCCGCUUACGACAUACUCAAAACAGUAGAAAGAUCUAAACUUCCAAACGGCUCUUUGGUACCAAUAGGCAACUUUUUCAUCCGUCAACUAGUCAAAUGCCACAACCUAGAAACAAUCAAAAAAUAUUGCCAACAAAUGGAAUUAGACGGUUUAUACCAACGCGGUAUCUUAUUGGCCACAGAAGUGAGCCUGGAACUCAACCUCAACCACCUAGCGUUUGAUUUGUUGUUGGAACUCAAAUCCCAAAACCUGGAAAUCAGGCAGCACUAUUUCUGGCCGUUGUUGCAAGCUAACAAGCACAACAACCAGGAAAUUGUGGCAAUAUUGCAAAAAAUUCAAUCGCUGUUUGGUUUGAUACCUAACAACGAAACUCUUAGGGAUUGGGUGUUGCCAAAUCUCAAAGGUAAAAGCACUGAGCUGCUGUCGUUGUUGCGAGAAGCUAAUAUUUCCAUUGGGGCUUCUGCUAGUAGUUUGGUUACUAGUUUGUUGAGUAAAGGGGAUAUUAAAGAAGCUGCUUUGAUUGCGUCUAGUGUUAAUAAGGCUAUAUAUAAUAUUGAAAGUUUGAGGAGGCCUUUAAGUCAUGCUUUGCUGAAUUCGAAUGAUGUUGCAAGUUAUAUUACGUUGUUGAGGAGAUUGACGCAAGAUGGCAGCGUCGAUCAAUUUUUGAUUGAUUUGGCUAAAACUAACACGAAAAAAUUUGUGGAAAUUAUUCCUAAAGUUCUUGAAGGGUUGUUGGAGGAAGGCUUGAGUGUCGCAAACACAACAGCUCAGUUGAUAGAGGGUCACUUGCAUGAAAAAAUGACAGAAGACUUAUCAAACAUUUUGUCUAAGUUGACUAGUGGUGAACUAGUCCCAAAGCCUCUUACCAAUAAAGUCCACUAUACUCCUUACCAUCAAAUGAAUGUGCUUCAGCUAGAAAAACUUAUAGAAAAUCUUGAAAGCAAAAACCUGGAUUGUUUGGGGUACAAUAGGCGUUUGCUGACUUUGUACCAUCGCGAGGGCAAUCUGGAAAAAAUGAAAACUUUGCUGGCAAAGUUGCAAAACAUUCCCGCUUUCGACUUUGGUAGCGGCAUUCACGCGAUUUUGAUGGACACCUUGGCUCAGCAUGGACAUUUAGAAGAGGCUAUGGAAGAAUUCAAUAAGGUCAAGGAACUGGAAAAGGAUAGUUUCAAGUUGGACGAGAGCAAAUGCGUUCGAUUGGCUGGUUUGAUGGCUAAGAAUGGACAAAUUGAAAGGGCGAUACAGUUUUUGGAAGAAAGUCCUUGCGAUAAAGGAGAGCGUUCUUAUUCCUACACGUCUUUGGUUUGGCGCAUUUUCAAUUCCAUGGCAGAAGAAGGGCGACAGGAAGAUUUGACUAAAUUUUUCGAGGCCUUAUUGGAAAAGGACUAUCUGGAUGUAAACACUAUUAUUUUGGGACCCUUAAUAAAAGUUUUCAUUGUCAAUGGUGAUUUGGAAGGUGCAUUAAAGAAGUUUGAAUGGUGUGUAGAUCAAUACAAGUUGACUCCGUGGAAAAACGAGCUGGCCUGCAAAUUAAUUGAAGCCGAAGAUGCUGACAAGCUACAAAAACUGACAGAUUUGAGCACGGUAGUCCACGGCGAAAUCAACAGUCUCUACGAUUUGGUGUUUAGUUUUGUAGAAUGCGGGCGCGUAAGACAAGCCAGGAAAAUUCUAGAAACGCCCGGACUACAAAACCGACCGCAACGCAUCAAUAAUGCUUGUGAAAGGUUUCAGCAAGAAGGCCUUGUCAAGCCUCUUGAAGGUUUGAAAGACGCCACUCGCGAUUUGAAUCACAUUGAUCGCAGUGACAUAUAUUAUCAACUAUUGCUUAGCUAUAUUAAGCAAAACGAUGCCGAAAAGUCAUUGGGGCUGUGGACGCAGAUGCAGGAAGAAGAUUUGCAGCCCACUGAUCAGUUUUUGUUAAAGUUGGGCUCGUUUUUACAAGAAAAAGGUCUACAAGUGCCUUUCGCAAUUCCCCACCCGAAAAUCCAGAAAAGACCCCCUCAACAAGUGCCUCUCUCGCAACCGGAACCCUCAAAACCUCGCAUUACCAUAAAACAGAAACUAGCUUCCAAUGACCUUGAAGCUGGCCUCCAAUUGUUUCACAAACAACCGCAGCACACUUCAGUAGUUGAAGCCUCGCAGCUAAUUGAAAAACUAAUCCACGAAGACAGGCUUGGAGAUGCUUUGGAAGUCACCAUGAAAAUGCUCAAUAACGGCUCGUUCCCUGUUCAAAAAAUUUUCCGGUUUCUAUUGAACAAGUUGGCUGCUCAAGGACAAGUGGACCAGUUAAAACAAAUUGGUGACAAACUAACAAUUGACGUAAAACGAUUGGUAUCGUUUGACAAUCGUUAUUGCCAUGCCAAUAUUGUGGCCAAUAGAGUUGAAGAAUAUCUAACAACACUAGAAGAAAAUAUUGACAAGGCCACUAAGGAUAGUUUGGAAAUAAUUAGCAGCGAAUUCCCGCGAGGGGGCGCCUACGGAAUAUUAGAAAAACAUCCAGAACACACAGAAAAAUUUGAAACAAUAGCAAUCAAAUAUGCACAAAAAGGCAUCGUGGGGCCUUUGAAUGUUUUAUGGACCAAAUACUUUAUCGAGAACAAUCAAGAUAAAAUCACUUACCUGUGGGACACUUACCUAAAACACGCCCAACGAAUAAUGUUCCAAAAAAUCAUCCAAACCGCACGCGAUACCCAAAACGAAGACCUCAUAAAACGUCUGGUUGAACAUUUGAAAAUCUCCAACGUCACUCCUGGAGCAGUCGGAAACGCUUACAGUUGCUAUUUAGAUGUUUUAGUAGCCAAAAAUCGCCUAGAAAGUAUCGAAACCACCUUUAACGAAGCCCUAAGUCAAGUUAGUAUUGAAAACAUCAACAGGACGGCGGUGUUGCGGGUGAAAGAAUGCUACGAGAAAUUAGGUAAGAGUUUCGAUUAUCAGGUGCCGGCUAAAAGUAGUCAGAAAGCGAACGAGGAAGUUUGAAAUUGGCAUUUUUUGUUAAUUGUUUUGUGAUUUUAGUUUUAAGAUAAAAAAAUAAAAAAGGAGAAGAAUUUUCUAUUUAAAUAUUUUUUUUUUU